AACGAACUGCUUCACCUGCUCAGGUAACUAGAAUAACUAGAAAUGGCAGAUUCUUUCAGUCUGCAGAAAGUGAUGGACUCGUUUAAGUCCUGUCUCAGUGACAACAAGGAGAUCAACAUCAAGUUUUAUAUAGCAGGGUGGAACGAGCUGGUCAGCUUCAUGAACAGCCUAGGAAAUGUCUUCUCCUUCAUCUCUAAAGAUGCAGUCGCCAAAAUCCAGAUUAUGGAGAACUUACUAGCUGGUGAAAAUGGGACACACUAUCUCACCGCUCAAUCCAUGGUGAAGUUUGAGCUGGACAAUAAGCUGGUGGAUCUUACCAAAAGGGGUAGCUACCCAGAGUCAGGCUGCCGUACCUUGCUGAGGUUGCAUCGUGCCUUGCGCUGGCUCCAGCUCUUUCUGGAGCGUCUUCGCACCAGCACGGCAGAGAGCAGAACCUCUGUCAUGUGCUCCGAGGCUUAUAAUGAAUCCCUGGCACAGUAUCACCCUUGGAUCAUUCGGAAAGCGGCUGAGAUGGCGUUGUACGCUCUGCCUGGCCGCGACACCUUUUUUGAAGUGAUGAAUGCAGGCAGCCAGGAACAGGUGAUUGCAUUGUUGACUGAAGCCUUACCUAUCAUCUGUGAAGUCUAUCAGAUCACAGAGGCCCUGUAUGCAACAAACAACCUGCUCAGUUUACCUUGAUAAGGUUGUGUUAUAAGGUUUACUGGUUGAUAGCUCAUUUUCUCUGAAGAAUAGUUAAUCUGUGAUGUGUUUUUUAAAAGCCUUGUAAUAUAAAUACCUCAGAAGUACAUUUAAAAAAUAUUAUGAUGUUAAAAAAUCAAUCAGUAUGAUUUAUGAGGUAUUAAAGACACAAACACAGUCACAAAUACAUGGACAUAAAUGGCAACACAUGUCCAAAACAUCCAAUAUGCACAGUUGUACAUACAUCUGUGCCAUCUGAGCACCUCUUCAUUUUACUUUUGUUUUUAAUUUAAUUCCAGUUCGUAUAUCCACUUCCUUUAAAUGUAUGUAGGCAUAAACAUAUAUUUAUGGCUUUGGCACAUCUUUUUAGCACCCAGCCAUCAUUCAGGCACACGGUGGUUCCUUGGUUUAAGCCGGAUGUUUACUGACCCAUGUCAAGAGUCUGAAACACUAUUUAAAAAAACUAUGCAGCAGAGCUGUCAUUGUGACCAAGGUUUCGACCAUUUCUGUCUCAGUAAUAUUUUGGUGUUCUUGUUAUCUUGUUUAAAACUAAUGUCAACUCUGCUCAGCAUUUUUAGACAUGGUACCAAGCAUGGUAAAUGGACGAAAGCAUUUUUGCUGCCUAAUUUUAUUAUGCAGUAUACCUGCAAUAUGCUCCUUUACUUACUUGUUUUUCUUUAAUUUAUUACCUUUC